CCCUCUGGAGCUAUACAUAUAAAACUAGGAGAUGAAGAUAACACUGUACGUCCCACUUAAAUAGAUCUUAAUGGGGAAAGGGCAAUUUCCUAGUUGGGGCUCUCUGGAUAAUGGGUUUCCAGAUAAUGGAUCCCAAACCUGCAUUGUGAUUAGAAAUGCAGUGCCUGUGGGAAAGCCUUGUGACACUACAUACACAAAAAACAAUAUGGUUGCAGGAAAAAAUGUCAGGCCUGGUGAUGCAAAGAAAUAAUUUUUGGAAAAGGAUAAAAAGGAUUUAUGAUGACAUUUCAGUGGACAGCCGUUGCAAGUUUUCUGUAUGGGGAAGUAGCUGUACUUCUAAUUCUCUGCAUCCCAUUUAUUUCUCCUCUGAGAUGGAGAAAGAUAUUCAGAUUUCAGCUGUGGAGUAAAGUAUCACCAUAUUGGAACAAAGCUUUUCUUUCAAUUAUAGUUGUUCUAAUUGUUUUGUUUCUUGAUGCUGCAAGAGAAGUGAGAAAAUAUUCUGCAAGCAAUCUGACAGAUAAAAAUGCAAAGUUGUAUCCUAGUUCCUAUGAUCUCAUCCACAUGAAACUUUUCAGAUCUCAAAGGAAUCUUUACAUCUCAGGAUUCUCUUUAUUUUUCUGGCUUGUGUUACGUAGGGUGGUGUCCCUAAUAAUGGAACUUGCAUCAGAGAUUGAAGGUAAUGGUGCUAUGCAAACCCAAGUAGAAAAUGCCAACGAAGCUGCCAAAAAAUACAUGGAAGAAAAUGAGCAAUUGCAUAAGACAAUAAAUAAUGCUAAAAUGGAUGAAGGCAAGUGGGCACUGAAAGCAGAUAAUGAGAAAUUGAAGACGGAAGUUGAAAACCUUAAAGAAGAGUUAAAAAGAAUGACAGAUGCCCUCUCCAAAUCUCAAAAAGAUGCAAGUGCCCUAAAGAAACAGUGUGAUGGACUUACUAGAGAAUAUGAUCAUCUUCUAAGAGAACAUGAGAAGCUUCAGAACACAACAGAUGGAAUGCAAAAUAAGAAGGAUGAGUAAUUAAUGUAAUGAAUAUAGCUCUGAGGAUGGACUUAAUGUUGUUACCAGUACCAUGCUGUUGUCAAAGUCCUACAAGUGGGGCAGUAAAGACUUUUUUUUACUUGGUGUUUAUGAAGGGAGAUAAACAUGUUUGCCUUCAUACUACCAGCAGCCUAAGGGCAAUAACAUAUGGGCAAUUUGGAAUAUUUUUGAUAAUAAUACCCCAAACUGCCACCUGUGUCAUUACCCUUAUUAGCAAUGCUAAGUAUAUAUAUAUGCUAAGUAUAUAUUUUUUUAUAAAACCUCAUAUAGAUUGUCCGGCUGCAAUAACAAAGGGAUAUUUUGUGUGUUUUUUUCUGAUGAAAUAUGGUAAAGUUCAGUUUCUUCAUUCUAAUAAUGAAUCUGUCUCUUCUUUUUUGCUAUUUAGUACUAGAAAUGUUGGACGCUGAUGCUCUUUGCUGAAAAUAGCGUGUAUUUCACCACAUUAUAAAACACCACUGUUUUUAAAUUGUUGCCUGUGUAAAUGUACCUGUAUGUUGAUCUUUGUUUGGGCAGUAUGCCUUGUGCGAAAUACAUGUGCUAUUUUCACCCAUGUUUUAAUAUAAUGCCAGGAUACCAUGCAUUUGUUUGACCAGUGAAUCUCUGAUAAAUUUGACUGCAUGUACCCACAUGGGAACAGAAGGUCUGAUUUAUAACACACACGUAGAAGCAAUAUGUUCUUGUGCAGUUUAAAUAAUGAAAACAAAUAUUUUUUUGGUGUAGUUGCUACAAUUGUGCAGUUCUGUGCCUAUACUAAGCCAAAGGCACGAGGUACCUUAACCCCCCAUUGACUUGUAUGGUGAGUGCCUAUAAUAUUUGCCUGUGUACUCGCCAUCAGGGAGGAACAAAUGGGAGUCCUAUUAGGGGCCCUGUCCCAGUGGGGGAAUGUAGGAGGUAGAAAAUAACAUACAUAUUUUUUUUUUAAAAAUUGGGACACCAUUCUAUGUAGUUUUCAUGGUCCUUCCCCAGGGUGCUGGGUGGGCAGUGUAUUAAUAACCCCCUCCCAACGCCAAAAACAAUGCCACUAAUAAAGGUGCAUUUCUGAUGCGAGGGAAAAAAACAUAAAAAGGGAAGCCACAUCCUGUUCAUAUGUUGGAUUUUCUUUCAUUUGAGAACAAUGUGGGGUUACAAAUGUCCUGAGUAUGCUUGACUAGCUAAAGCAAUAUACCCAAGUGCCAUUAUUUUGCUCACAUAAUAACAAUACAAUAUUGCAUUUUUUUCAAAAUCUGAUAAUUUGGCAGUGUGGUACCCUUUGGUAUUAUUCAGUGUUAAAAAACCAACAUAGAAUUAUGAAGUUAUUGUAUGCUUUAAAUAUAUAUUUAGCUUUGUAUGAGAUACUUUUAUUGAACAGUUUAAUUCUCUCCCUGGCAGUAUGCACAAAACUGAUAUUUAUCAUUGACUGAGACUUCAGGAUUCAUUAUCCCUGGCCUGCCAGUAAAUAUAUUGGUCUGGCAUACAGAAUCUCAUAGAGCACUAUGGGCAAUAAUAAACUGUUGCAUUUUUUCCCAGGUGGAUUUGCUGUCCAGGACUAUCAAUAAAAUUAUGUUGAUUUGU